CUCAUCCCUUCGCCCCUCUCGACUUGACAUAACGCCCUAUCUCGCCUUGAUAAUUUCACCUAACACGUAUUGCCUGCCCCAUCGAACUCCAUCUGCCUUUUUUUUUCUCUCUCUCGCAAUGGCUUCUCUCGCGACAAAACGCAAAUCUCGCGACAAUGACGACGCGUAUUCCCAGGACAAGACGCCCGCAAAUAGCCCCCCCAGAAAGAAGCCUAGGAUUACACGGAGCCAGAAACAGGCCCUGAUGGACAAUUUACAACUUGAAAUCACCGAACGAGCUCGCAAACUUCGCGCACAAUACGCUCUCCAAGCGCAGGACCUACGAGCACGCAUCGAACGACGCAUUAAUCGGAUCCCUGUCGCACUUCGCAAGGCCAAAAUGGGAGAGUUGCUAGAAAAACAAACUGCCUCUCUCCGAGCCCAACAUGAGAACUCGUCGCCAAAAAAAUACCGUAGCCCGACUAAAGGCUCGCGCAACUCCACAGCCAUCUCUCGCACUUCGGGAAUGAAGAAGGCUGCUACUGUCAGCCCAAGUCCUCUCAGAGUGAGGAAACACAGCCCUGCUGGUAUCUACUCGGAUAAAGAAAAUGCCCCUGCAAGCGGCGAACAACUCGACGUUCUAAAGAACCCCAAGACACGUGCCAAACCCGGUGCUGCUGCUGGUACUUCUCGCGUAGUAUCUCAAGAAGUGCGCGGAGCCGACUACCGCAUUCUCUCCCCCAAGUCUUCCAACUCCAGAACAUACCCACAGUCACCCUUACGCGCCUCCCCCGAGAAGGGCCAGGCCUCUUCAUAUCUUGCUCGAACUAUUUCACCCCUCAAGCCAUCGAGCCCGCUCAAGUCCACAUCCGCUAAUGCAGACCAUGCUCGCCCCAGCUCAAGAGCCACCACUACCUCAUCUCGGGACAACCGCCCCCCAUCUCAAGCAAAGAGACCUGUCAGCCGGGCCACCACCGCCCCCAGAUCUAUCCGCUCUCCCCUCUCACGGCCCGCAACGCGUCAAGCAGAACGCAGAGGGAGCACCUCAUCCUCCACAUCGUCCGGCACAUCAAUUGCAAAUUCCGCAAAAAUCGGUGGCCCAGGUUCGAGAAAGACAACCACCACGUCUUCCACAAGUAGUACAGCCAAGAAAAUGGUUGCGGCGAGGAGCCAAGCCCCCUCCGUAUCUACAAAAAGGAACCCCGUUCCAGCAGCUAGGAAGGCAACUGGCCCCGCCGCUGGCGAAUCCACAACAACAACAGGUGGCCGACGGGUUCUUCGGAAACGCGCUUAAAUUCAACUCGGAUCAAACGCUUCUCUAAUUAUAUUUCAAACCACCACAUCGGUCUGUCCUAUUUACACGCCGCUGCAUGUUAAAUUUACAUUAAGCUUGAUUGGGCCAGCAUGGAGUCGGAUAUUUUUUUUUUUUUUUUUGCUUUUGCUUUUGCUUUUGCUUGUUGAAAGGAGUUCGAGAAAACCAAGAGUGGGCUCUUGUUUUAUUCCAUUGAUUUGGAUUGGAGUUUGGUUCGUGUUCACUUUUCGUCCUGUCUAGUUUAUUUGGAUUGCUGUAUUCUAAAGGUGAUAUUUCUUGCGUCUUCCUAUUUUUCAAAGUUAUCUUUGCUUCCUUCAUAUUGAUCCCAUUUUGUAGUAAACCCCUGUGGAUUGCUUAUUCCUGCUUCUUCCUGUUUAUUUCAACUGGGCAGAAGUAGUUUAGUUAGGUUCCAAUGUCCUAUUGAGCAGAAUAGACCACAAAGAACAAAAUAAAGCUCUACAGUCAAGCU